UGGCGACUCCGGGUUACAACAUGGCGGCACUCUCCCAUUCUAGAUCUUUUCCGCCUAAUCAAAUGCCACAAAUGAGACAUUUUCCACCAGCAGGAUUUCCGCGACCAGGGCCAAAUCGCGGAAUGGGUAUGGGUUAUGGAGGAAUGCGUCCCGGCAUGUCUCCCAUGGACCAAUCACGAAAGAGACCAAUUCCACAUGAUAACAGAAAUAGACAACAAAGGCAUGACAGAAAUGCAGAGAGUCAUAAACCACAGAGUAGGAAGAAAAAGAAGAUUGCAGACAAAGUGCUUCCCCAGAAAGUACGUGAUCUCGUUCCUGAAUCACAGGCUUAUAUGGAUUUACUAGCAUUUGAAAGAAAACUAGAUUCCACUAUCAUGAGAAAAAGAUUAGACAUACAAGAAGCACUGAAAAGACCAAUGAAGCAAAAACGCAAGUUACGCGUGUUUAUUUCUCACACCUUUUAUCCUGGUAAACCAGAUGCUGAAGAAGAUGAGGGCAAUAUACCUUCCUGGGAACUCCGGGUAGAAGGCAGGCUUUUGGAUGAUCCAAAUGCCCCAAAAUAUGACGUGAAGACUAAGAGGAAAUUUUCUUCAUUCUUCAAGAGUCUUGUAAUAGAAUUAGACAAAGACCUUUAUGGUCCCGACAACCACCUUGUGGAGUGGCACCGUACAAGUACCACAACUGAAACAGAUGGAUUUCAAGUUAAAAGGCCUGGGAAUGAGAACGUCAAAUGUACAUUACUUUUACUUCUUGAUCACCAGCCACCUCAGUACAAAUUGGAUUCUCGUCUUGCCCGUCUUCUAGGCGUUCACACUCAAACUAGGCCAGUUAUCAUUAAUGCUUUAUGGCAGUACAUCAAAACACAUAAAUUACAAGACACAAAUGAAAGAGAAUUCAUUAAUAAUGAUAGAUAUUUCCAACAGAUUUUUGAAUGUCAUCGUAUGAAGUUUUCUGAGAUUCCCCAACGAUUGCAUCCUUUGUUACAUCCACCCGAUCCAAUAGUUAUAAACCAUGUGAUUACAAUAGAAGGAGGUACUGAUCAGAGGAGAACUGCUUGUUAUGAUAUCGAUGUGGAAGUGGAUGACACAUUGAAAGAGCAAAUGAAAUCUUUCUUGCUUUCCACAACUAGUCAACAAGAGAUAGCUGCCCUUGAUAACAAGAUCCAUGAAACGGUGGAGACAAUUAAUCAACUAAAGAAUCAACGUGAGUUUAUGUUGUGUUUUGCCAGAGAUCCACAGGAGUUUAUAAAUGAAUGGUUGAUGUCACAAUCUAAAGAUUUAAAGAUUAUGACAGAUGUUGCUGGCAAUCCAGAAGAAGAAAGACGGGCAGAUUUUUUCUUCCAGCCUUGGGCACAAGAAGCCGUGUCUCGAUACUUCUAUGGUAAAGUACAACAACGUAGAGCUGAACUGGAACAAGCAUUGGGUAUCAGAAACACUUGAAAUCUUUGAUUUCCGUUAUUCACUCUAUCCGUGCAGCACUGCUACAAACAGUAUGUUUAUUAUGUUGUUUAUAAGGUACAAGCACAGUUUGGCUGAAUUUGCAUUCAAUUUUAGAAAAAUGAAGUAAUCAACAUGUAUUGAUGUGAAAAAAUAGUUAAAUUGUGCAUACAAUCAUAAAAAAAGCUUGUUUAGAUGUAAAAUUAAAUAAUUACAAGUGUUUUAUUUUAUUUUAUUUAAAAAAAAACAGAAAUAUGCUUUUCAACAGAAAUUUUGUAUCCUGAUGUAAUUCUACUUUUGAAAGAUAGAUUUUAUAUAAUGUUAUGCUGUUUGUAUUUCCUGAUGUUUCAAUAAUAUUUGCAGAUCAAAUAUAAGUGUCAAUUAAAAGAGUUGGAAUAUUGAUAUCAUGUAUAUUUUGCACCCAUAAAGUAAGAUAAAGUGGACAGAGAUAGAAAACUCAUUUCUUGCUAAUGGGCCACACUGUAAAAAGUAAAAAAUCUGUUUUGUCUUACUUGUAUUCAGACUGCAUGAAUGAUAUCUACAAAUAAAGUUGAAUAAUUAACCCCUAAGGCCAAAUAAAAAAAAAUAAUGCAUCUCCAACCUUGCCUACAUUUUUCAGGCCACCUCUGUAUUUUUUUGUGGCCAAUGGGCACUUGUAGGUACAUCUUUCAGCUCUACUUGAAAUUCUUAAUUUUUUAACCAAAAUGUCAACCUGUUCAUGCAGGAUGUGGUAUUAUUAUUUAAAAACACUCUAUACAACAGUAUGGGCCAAGCAGCAUUGUGGGAUAAUAAAUUGAUUAAUUUUCAUAAAAUAAAAUAAUACCGUACUUUUGAUUUCAAUAUUACAAGUAAAACAGCUUAUUUUAUUUGGCCCAACUGUGAUUGUAUUAGCUUGUGCUAAAAGAAGUUAAUUGUAUUGCUAAUAUUCCGCUAGUGAAAGGUUUUGUUGUAGUAAAAUUUACAGCGAUAUGCUGAAUAGUCUUAUUAUUUGUAUCUUUUGUCUUAUCUGUCUGUAGUAUUUGUAUGUAAUACUUUUAUAAGAAUAGUAACAUUGUAUGAAUGAAAUAUUAUAAACUUGUUGUGAGAUUGCUGAUUUCAAAAUCCAUGUUUUAAUAACUGCAAGGUAUUGUUUGUAAGUACAUGUAUCAAGUAAUGUAAACCAUACUGCCAAGUCAUCUUUCCAGUUUUUGAAAUGAAUAAAUAUAAUAUUUUGUAAUG